CCGAGAGUGAAAUCGCAUGGACUCGUAUGUCAUGCCGAGCAAAAGCUGUCGCGGGAGUUACCCAAGUUCUGCUGGCACUGGCGGCUGCCGAAACUCUGCGUGGUGGAUUUGUCGUCCACAAGAAUGCCAAGCACCGCCAUCAUCGAUUCUUGAAGCAACUGCACGCAGAGGGCUUGCAUUUGCAAGACUUUCCGACUGAGAAAGUUGCUUGGGAGCGUCUAGAUCGGCAGCUUGACAUUCUACAGCGAUGCAGGGCAGUUGGAGCAACCUUCUGCCUGGUGAUGGAGGACUUUGUUCGAUGGCAAGCUGGAGACCUGAUCGACAGCUUGCAGGCGGUGGUGCAGCUGCAAGAAUUUGACGUGGUGGUUCUGGGCCGAAAUGAACGCGAGAUUCGCUGCGAUGACAUCGAUGCCGGAUUCAAUUUAGCGGCUACCUAUAGACAUGCUUGAAGUACCUGUGCUUGCUUUUUCCCCCCAGAAGCUUUGACAUCAAAUCCCAGGAGGCGACCUUUGAGCAUUUGAGUCGUCUCAAGUGUACUCCCCUUUGGAACUACGCCCUUGUGAUUCAUGAGAGGUAUUACACCAGCAUGCUGUCUUUGUUGCAAGAAGGCACCAGCGACCUUUGUGGCUUUCAAACAGACUUGUACUUUGCGGUUGAAAGACUUUAUCGAAUACCAAGCUCAGCGAUUUGGUACGUUGCAUCUCCUCUUCCCGUUCAGGUGCUGUCUCAACCCGGAACAAAGGGCCACUUUGCUGCCCGCUGUGCCUUCGCAAUGCAGUCCAGACGUCCUAUCAUCAUGCUCCAUCCGAUGAGGACUGGUGGCACCAGUGUAUGUGAUGUGGCAGCGAAGUGGUACUUGCUGGGAGGACGUGGUGGCUCCUCUUCAUCAGCGCAGAAUUGCCGAGCUGAAUCCUCCAGUUGGUAUGAAUUUCCAGGUUUGCCUGAGCAGAAUGUCCCCUUGCGAGCAGAUCAGGUCAAUGCAGCUUUUGCUGGAGGAGCUGGUUUCAUCGCGCUGGAACCGAGCUAUACUGAUUGGUAUGAUGGCUUUGAGCCACGCAACAUAUCACCAGCGAUUCAGAGGUGGUACGGUGCAAUGGCAAGAGACCUGGACCUUGCCAAAGGAUUCUGGCACUCCUACCUAACCAUACUGCUGGUGCGCGAUCCCAUUGAGCGCUAUCUGUCAUGGCUUCGGUGGUGUUUGCCUGACUGCGGCUGGUUGAGAUCCAAGAGGGAGGGCGACGCUGAUGUGAUGCCGGAGGGACAUUCGCGACGCUGCUUUGAAGACUGGGCAUCCAAGUUCAUAGAACUUCUACUUCGGCCGCGGCUCAGUACAUCUGGAAUCAGUGCUUGGUCGCCUUUGCGAUUUGAACACAUCAAAAGAAGCCAUGUCCCUGGCUGUCGUGGGUACAACAAAGGAUAUCACAUCGCGCAGGCGAGCAAUUGCUUGACUCGACACCUGUUGCCGAGAGAAAGGCACCUGAAACGUUCGCUCAAUGAUUCAGAUCUCGAGAUGGCCUUGUCUAUGUUGCAACGAUUCGAUGUUGCAUCUUGGCAUCACUGGGAGCUCGAGGCUGCUUUUCCGGUCUUAAGAGCUAGUCUAGACAUGUGGAUACACAUGGCAGAAAGCUUCAAGAAGCAAUUGUUUGUUGGUCCCAAGCAAAGCGGCGCCCAAGAUCGCCAACGUCAUUUAGAUGUGAAAUGCUCGACACUUUGCACAUGA